AUGCUGUCGCCUCUGCUCUCUAGCAAUUCGCCAACAGCAGUUGCUGAUACAAUCGCGCCAAUUUCCGCCGCCCAGACAGUCGAGCCGACCGCUGCCGCCCAGACAGUCGGGCCGACCGCUGCCGCCCGGACAGUCGGGCCGACCACAGCCGGCCAAACCGGAGCAGCUUCCGGCUCGGCUCAAAUAAGCGCUUCGGCGGCGCGUCGCGAGAUCGAGGCGCGCGACCUUAAGGAGAACGCGCGCGCGAAGAGCAUCAGGAAUUUCCGUCAGUACCUGCUCGCGCUGCUCACGGGACUGCCGCCGCCAGUGCCGCCGUUGCAAGCGGAGAGGCCGCGGCUGAUCCUGCUUCCAGACAACGCGAUGGGAGCGAGAUGUCUCGACGGCAGCCCCCCAGGGUACUAUUUCCGGGCGGGCGCGGGGGGCGGCAAGAACAUGUGGCACAUCUAUUUGCCGGGCGGCGCGUGGUGUGGCACUGCCGCCCAGUGCGUGGCGAGGAGCAAGACGUGGCUGGGCAGCAGCACGUUCUACCCUGACGACCCUGACAGUAAGGUCAUCCGCCCCCCUUUCACGGGCAUUCUGAGCAGCAACAGCAGCGUCAACCCGGCCUUUUACAACUGGAACCUCGUCCGCCCCAUCUACUGCGACGGUGGGGGGUUUGCAGGGACGACUGGCAGGGUGGAGGUGGGAGGGGGGAGAGCCGUGUACCUGGAUGGGUGGAAUAUCCUUCGGGCUAUCAUGGAUGAUCUGAAAUGGAAUCGGGGGUUUAAAUCUGCAUCGCAGAUUCUCCUGUCGGGCAGCUCAGCGGGCGGCCAAGCAGUCGUGGCUCUCUGCGAUCGCAUCGCUGCCGCCUUCCCCUGGGCGCCAACCAAAUGCAUCUCCGAUUCAGGCUUCUUUAUCGACUCCAAGGAUCGCACGGGGGGCUUCACAUGGCGAACCUACGCCACGAGCGUGGUGGACAUGCAUCAGCCCAAGUGGUCGUGUAUGGAUGGUGAGAUUCAAAACCGCACUGCACCGCACUGCACCCCACUGCACCAGCCCAAGUGGCGCAAUGCACCACGACGCACCCCCCUCUCACCACCCUCCCCCUCACCCCCCCUUUCCCUUGUAUGGUGUGUCAAUACUUAA